AUGAUAAUGGUGGCUCACAAACAAGUGGUGGGGAGAAGCAGGAGGUUUCUUACGACUGCCUCGAAGAACAAGAUACUGUGCAAUUGUCUGAAUAGAAACUUUGACUUGGCAUUGAAGGAAAUAAGGGCCGUUCCAACCACCGAGAUGGAUCAUCAUUUGAUUCAAACAUGUCUAAUACGAAGUUGUUAUUGGGGUCAUAUCGCGUCUGUAGAUUAUAUCUGGUAUAAAUAUGUGAUGCAAUUGCAUUCGUUGGUGAUCAGACCUGAGUUAUUAUGUGAUAUAGGGAACUUGGCAAUCCAGGAAGAGAAAUACUUCCUCCCUGAACAUAUUUACAUGUAUUAUAAGACUGUUUAUGGCAAUAAUGCUCAGGGGCUACGAUGGGAGGAUGAAUACAAGUUGUUGAAGAACAAGAUGGAAGGUUUCGCUAAGGGGACCAUGGAGAAAACUACGUUUAAAGAGAAAUGGAAGGUUUUUCUCGAGGAUCUGGACAAUUAUCUUCCGAAAGACACCGUUUUUAGAGUCAGGGAUUUUCCUUAUUUGACCAAGAGUGUAGUUGGAGCUGCUGAUUCUGAUCUGCUGUACUCGAUUUUAUUCAAUGAAAAUAAACUGACCAUUGCUAAUCCAUCAACAUUGACUUUGUUGUUGAACAUGAUCCUUCUACAGUCAGAAUGGGCCAUUGAAUUUCGAAUAUCCACGUUCAAGAAGUUCCUCAGUGUAUAUAAAUCAUUAAAUGCGGAUUACCGGGACAGCUUACUGAUACUAUUCCAUGAAUGCCAGGGCAAUGCCUAUCGAUUAUCCGAGGUGACCAAGUAUGUAGAAGACACAUUGAAGGGAUAUGAUUUGGUCUCAUUGCAGGCGAGGUUUGGUUGA